UCUGCGCAGUGGAACUGUAUAUAACGUAUCUAGCAACAUCUACUUCUGUCUUCGUUAGUUACACAGCCAGGUGGCCAGGUGUGACGAUGAGCUGUGUUAGGCUGAUGUUCGUCUUUGCGGCUGCCUCCCUAGUGUCACCAAUUGUCUUCGGGAAUCUAGAUGACUGGAGACAGAGUCUGGAGACAUUGAAGUCUCGUCUUGAUGCGAAAGGACCACCGAUCGUCUCACGGACACAUGUUCCUUAUGUGACUAUCACACUUGGGCCGGUGCAAGUGCAUGAUCUAGAUGAUGCCAACCAAAUUCUGAAAUUGGGGUUCUUUGUAACCCUUGUCUGGACGGACAACUCUCUGAAGUGGAAUCCCUCGGAUUACUCAGGUAUAGAUCGAGUGGAACUUGCAGUGCAGGAACUAUGGACACCUACUGUGAUUCUGGCGAAUAAGGCCUCGGGUGAUGGCCCCUUGCAGACGUCAAUGCCUGUCACAUUAACAUAUGAUGGUCGUCUUUUCUGGCAGAAUGCGAUGACAGUAUCUGUCCUGUGCAAAACAGAUCUGAGAAAAUACCCUUUUGACAGUCAGAUCUGUCCAAUGUUGUUUUCUUCAGGAGUGGGAUACAAGAUCACCCUAAAACCAGAAAUCACUAUUGGCGGUGACGGCUUGAACCUGCAAACCAAUGGGGAAUGGGAGACUGUAAACAUUACAUCGGCUAAAACAACUUAUGCAGAAACAGAAAGUUACGAGCUAGCCACAUUCUACAUACAUCUGUCCAGGAAGUACUUGUUCCACGUCUUGAACCUGGUUUUCCCAAUGUGUCUUCAGUCUGUCCUCAACAGCUUCGUCUUUUUGUUGCCGGCUAGCUCGGGGGAGAAGAUGGGCUUUGUCAUGACCGUGUUUGUGUCAAAUGCCCUGUUCCUCAGUCUAAUCCACAACUCCACACCCUCAACUUCUGAUUCUGUUUCCAACCUCUCCAUGUACCUCGUUAUGGUCCAGAUCCAAGGCUUUCUCGCCAUCGCUGCCACCAUCUUGGUCCAAAAUGUCCACCACCGCCGCCAGAAUGUCCAGGACAGCGGAGACCCCCAAGGAUGCAGACAGGUGAAGGUCACGCCUCAGGACAACACUGACUGUGUCCCUUCUGGACAAGGAACUCGAGACGCUGACACUGUUACGACCAGGAAGGUGCCUCUGGACAGGAUGCUAGAUUGUAUUUUCUUUGUAUGCUUCAUGUGUUUCGGCAUUGGCAGUCUCCUGGCUCUUGUAUAUGCAUGA